AUGCAUGUUGCACAGAAGAUAUCUCAACGACCAAAAAAUGAGAAAACCGAUAGUUUUGAUAAAAAAUCUCGAACUUCUAAAGCACCCAUUAACAAGAAACAAAUUCAAGAUCAUAAAAAGUUGGAAAUUUUAUAUGAUUUAGAAGAGCAACAGAUACCAAAAAAAGUGGAGAAUAUUGCCAAUGCCAUGAGUGAUUACUAUGACAGUCUUUUGGCAAUAGAAAAUGAUGUGCUUUUUACGACGGAAAACAUAGUUUUGAAGCCUGAUAAAUCUGAAGAUAAACGUAUGAAUACAAAUGAAUUUCAUAUCUGGUACGUAAAUGCCACUGACCCGUGGAAUCGGAUGAUAUAUGACAUGAUAGUUAAUCAAAUGAGCGAAAACAGCUUAGCUAAGAAAGCUCUUUCUGCCAAAAUUUUAUCGAAAUCGGAUCUUGAACCGAAAAAAUAUUAUAUUCUUAAACCUAAGAAUAUAAGAAAACGGGAUAUUAAAAGCAAUGGAAGUUAUCAAAUAGUCUCCUUAUCCAUAAUACCCGACUUCAUGAUUAGGACAAUCGAUUCUUCAAACGCUAGCAUAGUUAAUAAUCAAGAAAAUCACGAGACAAAUGAAAAGCGUAAAAAACGUUCACAUCACGAUUUCAAUAAACCUGAAGAUGCUAAAUCGUUAAACACAUUGACGAUAGAGAGCAAGAAUACUAAUGCAUUUAAUGCAAAUGUUAUUCUCGAGGAGAUAUUGAAACCACGAUGGAUUUUGCAACCUAAGGAAUGUCAAACAUUCAAGAUCCGAUAUCAACCCAAAGAUGUAGGAAUUCAUCAACAAACAUACACGUUAUCCAUCAUCGACGGCAAUGAUAUCACUUAUGAUAUUAACGUUUACGGUAUCGCGGAUCUUCCAACACUGGAUAUGAAUCCUAAUGCUAUUUUUUCAAAG